CUGUCCUUUGACUGCCCCUCCUCGAAAGACAAGGUCGCUCUUUCGCAUCCCCCAGGGGAAUUUUUCUCUCCCACUCUUCCCUUUUUCUUGCAGAUUGCGCAUUCGAUGCAAUACAGCACGAUGAAAGAGGGCGAUAAUGAUCGUUUUAGCUGGGCGACAGACGACGAAAGUGCCAAACGUGAUCUGAGAUUGCAAUCGUUAGCGACCUGUGAUAUAACCCCGCUUAGCCAGAUCCGAAACGCUCGCUCCAGCUUACCCUUGUUGCAACUCGCAUAGGAUGAGACGCUCGCCUACGAUAAACAGUGGGGUUUUACUGGCGCUAU